GUACAUUAUUAUCCUUGGUUAUUCCAAUGUCUCUUUUUUCAAAUUUCCCUCUCAGCUUUCUUACAAGAAAAUGAAUCUCUAAAUUUCUGCUCCAAUGUACCAUUAAUCUGUGUAUUUACCACAAUUUUCAUACAACAAAUUGCUUAAUCCCUUUUUAAAAAAAUCAUGUAUAAACCUAGAAGUUUGAUCAAAAUAAGCCUUCUAAGCCGUCAGUUCCUUUCAAGAACAUAUUCAAAACCCAAGAAACAGAUUCCAUUGCAAAUGCAAUCAAAACCCCACUUAGAAAAACAGUCCAUUUUUAGCUGCAAUAAAAUGAUUAUGAGCUUAAGCCGUCAAGGCAAAGUUGAAGAAGCACGGCAGCUGUUCGACGAAAUGCCUCAGAGAGAUGUUGUUUCUUAUGCUUCAAUGAUUACUGUUUAUCUUAAACAUAAAGAACUUCCUAAAGCAGAGAGGUUGUUUUAUUCCAUGCCUGAGAGGAAUGUAGUGUCUGAUUCUGCUAUGGUUCAUGCUUACGCGAAAGCUGGGAGGAUCGAUGAGGGUCGGAGAAUCUUUGAUUUGAUGCCGGAUAGGAAUGUUUACGCUUGGACCAGUUUGAUUUCUGGGUAUUUUCAGAACCGUAGAGUGGACGAGGCUCAAAAGUUGCUUCAACAAAUGCCUGAGAAAAAUGUAGUUACGUGGACUACAGCGAUGGUGGGAUAUGCUCAAAAUGGUUUGAUUACUGAGGCACGACGUAUUUUCGAUCAGAUUCCUGAGAAAAAUGUCAUUGUUUGGACGGCUAUGAUCAGGGCUUUCGUUGAAAAUCAUCAGAUCGAUCAAGCUCUUGAGCUCUUUGAUAAGAUGCCUGAACGUAAUUUGUAUUCUUGGAAUGUUAUGAUUCAAGGCUGUUUAAAUGAUAACAGGGUUACCAGAGCUUUGGAACUGUUUAAUGCAAUGCCAUGUAGAAAUGCGGUUUCUUGGACAACUAUUGUUACUGGUCUUGCACGGAAUGGGAUGAUAGAAAUGGCAAGAGAGUACUUUGAUCAGAUGCCAAACAGGGAUCCUGCUGCAUGGAAUGCUAUGAUAACAGCAUAUGUUGACGAAGGUCUAGUGGCUAAGGCCAACGAACUCUUUGAUUCGAUGCCUAAUAAAGAUCUUGUAAGUUGGAAUGUAAUGAUUGAUGGGUAUGCAAAAAUUGGCCUCGAGGGUGAAGCCUUAAAGCGUUUUAUUCUCAUGCUUCAAUCGGGCUUAAGGCCGAAUCAGACUACUCUUACCAGUGUAGUGACCUCAUGUGGGGGCAUCCUAGAGUUAAUGCAAGCUCAUGUUCUUGUUUUACUUCUAGGUUUUGACCAAGACACUUCACUUAAUAAUGCUCUUGUCACAAUGUACUCCAGAUGUGGAGAUAUAAACUCAUCGUUGAUCACUUUUGACAAUCUCAAAGUAAAGGAUGUUGUUUCGUGGACAGCAAUAAUACUGGCAUAUGCUAACCAUGGUCUUGGCAAUCAAGCAUUGCAAGCCUUCUCGCAGAUGUUAAGGUCCGGUAACAAGCCAGACGAAAUCACUUUUGUGGGACUCUUGUCAGCUUGUAGUCAUGCUGGUCUAGUUAAGAAAGGUCAAAAGUUCUUCGAGUCAAUGAGGCAUGCCUAUGAUUUAAAACCGAGGGCGGAACAUUAUUGUUGCCUUGUUGACAUUUUAGGUCGUGGUAAGUUAGUUGAUGAAGCUAUAAGGGUGGUGCAUCAGAUGCCUCCAGAGGAACGUGAUGGUGCUGUUCUAGGGGCUUUACUUGGCGCUUGUAAGUUGUAUGGAGAUGUUGGAGCAGCAAACCAGAUCUGCGACGAAAUAUUAGAGCUUGAACCAGGUAACUCAGGGGCUUAUGUACUAAUGGCAAACACUUAUGCGGCUUCUGGGAGAUGGGGUGAUUUUGCGCAAGUAAGGAAGAAAAUGAAGGAGAGGAAAGUGAAAAAAGUACCCGGUUUUAGUGAAAUAGAAGUCAAUGGGAAAAAUCACAUAUUUUUUGUGGGAGACAAGUCUCACCCUGAGAAAGAGGAGAUUUACACACUUAUUAAAGAAAAUUUAUUGCCUCUAAUGCAAGAAGAUGAUUUAGAGGAAUAUCGAAAGCCAGGUAUUGAAGAAUUUCAUUUGAACCAUUCGCUAAUGUAAGUUCUGAAGCUCAGUGCAGAAAGGCGACCAGGUCAGGCGACUAGAUUACACUCCUAUUCAAAUGUUAGUUCACUCUGGCCACCUUCUAGACCCUUCCAUUGCUCAUCUAGGGGCAGAGCUAGAAGCUCGGAUACAGGCGAACCUGAUCUCAAAGUAGACUUUGAGAAGCAGUUGAACAGUUAUUAUCAGGAAGAGCUAGCUGCUUGAACGCUGGCAAGGAACCUACAUUUUCUUGUGGAGUAAAGAAGAUUAGCUACUGAGUUCACUGAGGUAGAGAAAUGUAAUGCUGUGAUGGACAUGAAGUCUGUAGGACCUACCAAAUGGGUAUGAAAGUGGUUAGUUUUGAAAGCUGAAUGAGAUAAUAGUUGUACAGUAGAAGGAGGCAUCUCAUUAUCUCCGCAGUUUCUUGACAAGGGAAAUCCACAUAAUCCAGCAUUUCCUGAAUAUGAAUCAUUUUCAAAUGUAUCAAGCUGUGGACCUCUA